GAUAAAUUUUUGAUCUCAAAUUCUGUCAUCAAAAAUGAGAAUCACCAGUAGUCUUCUAUUCUUAGUUUAUGCUAUUUUCCUUCAUUCUAUUGAAUUCAUACUAUGUAUAAGACUAAGGACUUUAGAUGAAUUAUUUCCUGCAAACAACGGCAUAUUGCCUGAUAUCAAAGUGUGUUCAAUGGAAUAUAUUCAAAGCUUACAAAAUUUCCGCAAACUAGAGAGUUACGAUAUGGAAAAUAGACAUGCAACGUUUUUAAAAAGAGGGGAUGUCGUCGUUGGAUGUGAAGAGAAUGGAAAUAUUUUUCCGCUAAUUCUUCUGUUUGAAUAUGAUCCACGUCUGCAGCAUGUCGUAUUUGACGCUCGAAACCACGAGUAUGUUAUUACGCACGGUGCAGAUUUUCUUCAGAUGGGUCCAAACCGUGUUUACGCAUUUGUUCAUCAGCGUGAUUUAGCUGCAGCACCACUAAAACCAACUACUGACGAUCCAAGAUACCUUGCAGCACACCGAGAAGCAUGCAGAGCAGCAAACCGUGCAACUGACGAAAGAGAAGGACUACUUACAAGAAACUUACUUUCUAAUGAACCAGUUCCUCAGUAUAUGCUUGCACAAAUCACACGAAAAUACACAAGAACGUAUAUACAAGUACGCGAUGCGCAUUUAGGUACAGUACCAAACAAUCCGAACCGGCAUCAUUAAUCAAGUCAAAAAGGGAAAACAUUGGAGGUUCCCAUUUUCUAACGGAAGAUUGUAAAAACAUCAAAAAACAGAUGAUCCCCAUUGUUCAAGAUUCUGCAAAGGUGGAAUUUUACCA